CACUCUUUUUUUUUAUUUAUUUAUGAAAUAUAGAAACAAUGUCUUUUGAAGUAGGCCCUAAAACUAUUAACAAUGUACGUCGCCACAAGGAACGAGCAUCGUAUGAUUAUGAAAGUGUUCACCGUGCUUUGGAUGAAGGAUUGUUAGGACAUGUUGGCUUUUGUUUGGAAGAUGAAGAUGGUGAAUCAACUCCAGUGGUCAUUCCUAUGGUAUAUGGACGUAAAGAUAAUUUUUUAUAUCUUCAUGGUUACGUAUCUGGUCGAUUGGUAAAACAUUUGGCUAAAGGUAAAAAAGUGUCAAUGGCGGUGACUGAACUGAAUGGGUUAGUAUUGGCUCUCUCUCCUUUCCAUCAUUCUGUCAAUUAUCGAUCGGUCGUGGUAUUUGGACGUGGUGAGCUGGUGGAAGAACCUGAAGAACGUUUAGAAGCUUUACAAAUCAUUACGGAUCAUAUGGUCAAGGGUCGAUGGGAUCAAUGCAGGGACAGUACCAAGAUUGAACUUCAGACAACGAAGGUCAUCAGGGUGGAAAUCGAAUCGGCAAGUGUCAAAGAAAGUAAUAAUAAAGAACCAAACGAUGAUCCUGCGGAUUAUAAAGAUUUGGCUUUAUGUGAAUCUACUUGGUCUGGUGUGGUAAGUUUUUUUACAAAUACAAUCCAUGGUUGAUUUUUUUAUUGAUCAUUCUGCUUUUUUUAUAUAUAUAUUUAUUUUAGGUACCAAUGAAGCAUAUCUGUUUAGAACCUGUACCUGCAUCUAUCAACAAGCAACCUCUUCCUGAUAAUAUUCGUGAUUUGUGGCAGAAAAAUCAACCUCCAAAAUGAUUUAUAUUUAGUAUUAAAUUAGUUUAUAAUAAUAAAAAAGACGGUUAUAUAUAAUUGAAAAGAA